UUCUCUCUCUCUCUCUCUCUCCGCUCCGUUCUUCAGAUCGUUUCUUGGGAUGGGCGCACUGGGUCUCUGAUUUGAAGGCGCUUCCUUUUUCCUUUCCUUGCGUUUUCUUGGUUGCGCGCAUCCAAGAAAUCUCUGCAAAUCCGGCGGAAAUUUGGGAGUCAAAUUUCUUUCUUUGGUUGCACUCAAAGGCCGAAAGGAAAUCUUGAUAGGUUAUUGCCCUCAUUGCCUGCGUGAUUUGAGCUCCGCUUUUAUCCACCGAAUAGCUGCCGCUCAUUGAAAUCUUGGUCGGGUCACUCGGGUGUGCCGCAGAGGUGAACAAUCCAGUCUCAUGGCAAAGCAGUACUACGCAACGAGCAGCCUUGUGAUAGGCUAUGCUCUGUGCUCGAGUUUGCUCUCAAUCAUCAACAAAUAUGCUGUGACAAAGUUCAGUUACCCAGGCCUUCUAACUGCUCUGCAGUACUUGACAUCAGCUGGUGGUGUUUGGAUCCUUGGAAAGCUAGGCCUUCUCAACUAUGACCCCUUCAACUUGGAGACCGCAAAGAAAUUUGCACCGGCUGCUCUUGUGUUUUACCUUGCCAUAUUCACUAACACAAAUCUCCUCUGCCAUGCCAAUGUCGAUACAUUUAUAGUUUUCAGAUCCUUGACCCCGCUUUUGGUCGCUAUCGCUGACACAACUUUCCGGAAACAACCAUGUCCGUCAAAGCUCACAUUCUUAUCCCUUGUGGUCAUCUUGGGAGGAGCAGUUGGCUAUGUGAUGACAGAUUCAGCAUUCAGCCUCACAGCAUACUCGUGGGCACUUGCUUAUCUGGUGACCAUAACAACUGAGAUGGUGUACAUCAAGCACAUUGUGACAAACUUGGGGCUGAACACUUGGGGUUUUGUGCUCUACAAUAACCUUCUUUCGUUGAUGCUGGCCCCCAUCUUCUGGUUUGUCACAGGGGAGCACAAGUCGGUCUUCGCAGCGAUUGAAUCAAGGGGUGAAGGCUGGUUUCAGCUGGAUGCCUUUGUGGCAGUGGCAUUGUCAUGUGUUUUUGGGCUGCUCAUUAGUUUCUUUGGUUUCGCAGCAAGGAAAGCAGUCUCGGCCACAGCAUUUACCGUGACGGGGGUUGUGAAUAAGUUCCUCACUGUGGCUAUCAAUGUGAUGAUCUGGGAUAAGCAUGCAACUGAGGUCGGUUUGGUUUGCUUGCUCUUCACUAUUGUCGGGGGAGUACUCUAUCAGCAAUCAGUUACGACAAAAGGAAAUACUGCAGCACAACGUGGGCCGGUAUCUGAGCAUAAGGAAGACAACGAUAGCAAAGAGUUUGAUGAGGAGAAACAAAGCUUAGUUUCAUCUUCUAAGCAGUCCAGUGCAUGAAUUACAUGCAUGAUUAUCGUUAGAUUCGUAGAUAUAUUCUGUGGUCGGCUCUUACGUGUCUCUACCCUUCCAGCAUUAGGGAAUACCAGUACAAGUGUUGUCUCUGUUCAAGGAAUUUUUUUGUUGUUCAUUAUAUGGCUGAUGCCUAUUGUAAUCUUUCUUAACUUGUAAUACACCACUGGUAUGGAGGUACCCUACUAUAGCUGACAAAAGUGGUUCUUGAUCACUGCCUUUUUUUU